AUGUCAAUUGAAAUUAUCAAAGCGACACAAGAGUUGAAGAUAAAGGAAGCGAAGUCACAAGCAUUUUUCUCGUUGUCUCGUCUCUCACGAAUUAUGGCGAAAAAGAAAAAGGUGAACAAAAAGUUGAAUGAUUCAUUAAUCAAACAACAUAAAAUAGAAAACAGAAUCAUGAUGAUGAUGAUCAGCAAGCCGAAUCCAAACAAAAGUUUUGAUCAAAUGAAAAGUGGAUCAACAUGUGAAAUUUUACGAGACUACAAAUUAAACCACAUGAAAAGAAAGCCAACAUUGCUUCCUUUGACUUCAAUCAAACGACUUUAUGAAACUUGA